ACCUUGAAUCGUAAGUAGACAUUUCGGACGAAAGUAGUUGUACAAUUUUUUAAAGAGCCGCAAAGAACGGAUUUUACAUUUAAACACAUACCAAUUGUCAGAGAUUUUUUUUUCAAAUAGAAACUGCCAAAGAAUAUUUCUCUAAGUUCAACCUCCAACGACAAAAUAAUAAUAUUGAAAAAUGUGUUAUCAAACUGUUUAAUAUUGUUAUCUUAUCAAAAACGUGUCUGCUUAUUCUCGUAAAAUUCAAAAACGCGAAAGAAAUAUUAAUAUUUUUUCUCCGCCGAUCGUCAUUUAGUGUUAUCGGUUUAAUUUGUCAAUUGAAAAAUAUCAACUCAUCAAAUAACCCAUCCAUACAAUUUUACGGCAUAAUAUUAUAAUUAGUGAUAUUAGUUAUUAUUUAUCAACAACACAGAUUUGAAAAUUCAACGAAAUUGUUAAAUUUUUGUUGGUAAAACAAAAUCAACAUGAAUUCCAGAGAAAAUAAUGUACUAACCAUUUUCACAUUGAAAAAUGAUCAAAGCGAGUUCAGAUUUUUUUCAAAUGGUUUAUAAUAUGGUUUAUAUUAACAUUACAUUUUGUCGCAUUCCAGCUGGUGAACACUAUGAUAUGUUGAGAAAAAAAACUCACUUGGUUGCUCGAACCGGGUUCAAAGGUGAUAUAGAAAUUUCAGGAGAUACAUCUGUUAGUCGCUGUCACGCAGAGAUGUCUUUGGUUAAAGAAGUAAAAUAGUCGUAAUUGUUAAAUGAUUAUAAAGAUACAUAAUAUUGUUAUUUUUAUUUUCACUAUUUUCAGGUAGUUUGUGGCAAGGUAAAACUUCUCUUGAAACUAAUAGAUAAAAAUUCAAUGUUUGGAACAUUUAUCAAUGAUGGCAUCAACCUCAAUGAAAGAAUUACACCUAAUUGUCCUAUUAUUUUAAAAUUAGGUGACAGAAUUCGUUUUGGAGUAUAUGUUAGCACUUGGACGUUAGUUAACUCUUAAUACUUCAGUUAGCUAUUCAUAAACAUUUGAAAAAUUAGAAAUUAAAAUUUUGUUGCAGUGUGGUAAAAUAUCAUUUUGUGGCUUGUCCUUCAACCUUGAAAAUGGUGGAUAAAGAGAUUUUAAAGAAAUCGCUAAAAGAGGUUGGAGGUCAAGUAUCUCGUGAUUGGUCUGAAGACUGUACACACCUCUGUAUGAGUUCUGUAACUGUCACAGAAAAGGUACUUACAUUAUGCCUGUUUUAAUUAAUAUACAUUAUUCAGUGUGUAACUUGAAUAUCUUACUCCUGAAGGAACUUGUUCUGUUCAAUUUUUUUUUUUAAUAAUUUUUAAAACCUUGUGUCUUCAUUUGAUUUGUUCUUUUGUCUUCAUUGUUUUCAUAUUUUUUAAAAAACUAAAUAUAAACAUUUUACUGUUUAAAAAAAUAUUUGUAAAAAAUCCAUGAUAGCUUGGUAGUCAUUAGUCAUUUUAUACAUUAAAAAAAAAAUUGAAGAAAAUUAAUGAUUCAUCAUUAGUAUAUAUUUCUAACACCAAAAUGUUUUUCAAAAUAUAUUUAUAAAAUAACUAUCUUUGAUUUAGUAUAAACAAUUUGGCAUAAUUCUAGUUUAACUCCUAAGCAAUUUUUUGGGGUUUUUUUUUCAAAAUGUGUGUUUUUGCAUUUACACUAAGAGUGUUAAAAAAAAGUUGGAUACAUUUUGUUAAGAAGUUAUGGGGGGAAAAAUUCAUAAAGUUCAAUUUUUUUUUGUUAAGCAUAUUUGUUAGUUAGAAUUUAAUAUGAAAAUUUGUGUUUUUAAAUGCUUAAUCCAUUGAUUUAAACUUUCCUAUCAUACCUAUUACCUAUUAUUAUAAUUUUUGUACAUUAACCUUGAAAAAUGAGAAAAAUGCGGUCAAAAGUCAUUUUUUUUUUAUUAUUAUUUGUAGUUAUGAUGUAAUUAUCAUAUACUGAUGAUAACAAAGUUUCUUUUAUUGACGCCAGAAUAAGUCUAUCUAACCUAGUCUUAGAGUUAUAGAUGUCACCUGGAAAACAUAAAUUUUGAAGAAAAAAAAAUGCUCGGAAUUAUUAACUGGAUUUACUUUUUUUUUUUUAUAUAAAAUUGAUAACUAUCAUAGAUAUCCUAGAUUAAGUUAAUUUUUUGUGUAUACUAUUGUUGUAGAAAUGUAAUUGUUUGUGAUAUUAUCUAUUUAUUUAGGUUUUAUUAUGUCUAGCAUCUGCUAAAUCGAUUGUACUCCCAAAAUAUUUUAACGAUCUGUCUAAAGCAUUAAUGCUUGAUUCAUUAGAAGAAUUGCCGUAUUGUAUAGAUUACAAACCUAUAUUGACUGAAAAACUUUUAAACCCAAAUGUUGUGUCAAUGGAUGUUAACAAUAACCGUAAAAAACUAUUUUCUGGUAAAACAUUUAUUUGUUCUUCAACAGAACAAAUGAGUCGUAUUUCAAAAAUAGUUAAAACAGCAGGUAUUUUACUAAAAUUAAAAUUAUCCAUAGAAUAUUAACAUAAUAUAUUUUAUUAUUUAGGCGGUGAUCUCAAAUAUUAUAUGGAUAGUAUAAUAUGUGGCGAAGAAUAUAAGUUUGAAAUGUUGCACUCACAAGAUUAUAUUAUUAUGCAACAAUGUCAACGUAAUGCACAAAGUAAUGAAAAAUAUAAACCAAUUUUAGGUAAUUAUUUUCUGUAACAAUUAUUGUUUGUUGAAUUUAUUUAGAUUUCCUUGCAUAGUUUUAAAUGAAAAAAUAUUCAGCAAUGAAAUAAAUAAUGAUUGUAUUUGUUUUAAUAUAAAGCAGUCAUCACCAGAAUAAUAUAGAAAAAAAAAUAACUAAUCAAAAUAAAUCUAUAUUUAAUUAAUACUCAAUGGUUUACUUUAUUUUAAAUCAUAUAUCUAAGAUUUAUUUUUCCUUUCGGAUAUUGAAUAUAACAUUUUUUUUUACUUAAUGUUUAAAUAUUUUAGAUUCUGAGCAGAGCAAGGAAUGUAUUGGUUUUACAAUGUUUACUUUUUUUUUUUUCUGUGAACAACUUUUCUACCAGCAAUUUUUCUCUAAUUUUCAAUGACUUUUUUCUGAAAGGAAAUUGAUUGAGGGGGUACUUAAGAGAGGUUAUUUUUAGAUUUUUCCCAGGAGUUUUCCUAAUAAAUGAGAAAAACAGGAAAAUAGGUACAAUAUUAAACAAAUAUUGUUAAAGAAAAUAUAUAAUGCAUACGUAUUAUGUAAUUAUUUUACCAUUAUAUUGCAUACAUAUUGUUGAGAAAGCAACACUAUCAACCAAACUCCGCUCAGAAUCAUCUUCUCGUUAGCAAUGGUUAAUCGUUGCUUACAGAUAUGCAUUAAAUUAGCCAUAACAAUGGCUACACUCAUCCCCAUUAUCCUAGGAGUGCUUUUUUAUACAAAGUUUAUAUUGAUUUCAGACAAACUUAAAAUUAUUAAUAAAAGGCCAAUACCAGAAAAUGAAAUUGGACUAUCCAUUAUUUAUGCAAGUACAAUAAAACAUUGUAAUCCUUCUUAUAAUUAUACAUUGGUUAAUAUUCAAUCUCAACCAAUUGUAACUACCUCACAAGAACCUGUAAUCCUAGAACCUGAGACUGCUGAGGUAUUCGAAAAGCAUAGUUUUGCUUUUAUAUUAUUCAUAAUAAGUAGGGCUUGGAAGUUAUAACUAAUUGUAAAAUAUACAAAACAAGAUAAAAAUGAAAUACUAAUCUCACCGUUGUUGUUAAAUUAAUAAUAAUGGACUGAGAUGAUAAGAAAUAACAAUAAAAAACUGUUAAAUAAUAUUGAGUUUUGUAUUUAAUAUUAUUUAAAAUACAUUAGUUAAGAAAGAAAAAAAGUUUUUUUAGCGAAUAUUAAGUAUGCAAAAUAUAUGUUUUAAAUGUUUGAUUUUUAAACUCUUCGUUGUAUAAAAAAAAUAUCUAGCUUGGUCUGCUAUGAAUCCAGUGCAUACAGAAAUAUUUGGUACUCCUAUAACUUCCGAGCCCUAAUAAUAAGUCAUUGAUUUAAAUGAUUUAAGAAUAUUAUAUAUUUCAGAUACUAACGGUGGACAAUAGUGAAAUGUUUUCAGUUAAUAUUGUACCUGAUUCUCUUACACAAGGCAGUAAUAAAAGGUAGUAUUUCAAUGCAAUAGUACUUUAAUAUUACUUUUUAUUCUAAUUUAAUUGAAUUAGAUCUAUAGACAUGGUGAUGGACUCUGAAGAAAUUGUAAUGUCAAAAAGACAGGCUUUAAUAUUAAAUGAUAAAGGAAAAUAUGAUAGUGUAAUUGAGCCAACUCCUUUAUGUAGCAACAUAUUGUCUAACAAUGAGGUCAAAGAAAAUUCAGAACAAUUCAUAAGUGUAAUCGAAUCAACUCCAACAUGUAGUAAUAUUUUGUCUAAUAAUGAGGUCAAAAAAAAUUCAGAACCUUUCACAAGUGUAAUCGAAUCAACUCCAUCAUGUAGUAAUGUAUUAUCUUACAAUGAAGUCAAAGAAAAUUUACAACCAUUUAUAAGUGUAAUUGAAUCAAUUCCAACUUGUAAUAACAUAUUGCCUUCUCAUGGAGUAAACUUUAAGUCAUCAAAUGGUGAUUCGUGCUUAACUACAGUACAAAGUUCCCAAGACAUUUUGGAUAAAAAGGAUUUCUCUGGUCGGGUUCAGUUCCUUCAGCCUAUUACAGUGGACAAAAAUGUGAAUAGUACUGUUCAACACAAUACAACAAAACGGAAGUUAUCAAGUUUUUGUUUAAUAUCUGAAAAUGAGGAUGGAGAUGAAGAUGAAGAUCCAUUUGAUUAUAUGGAUAUCGACGAAACUGAAGAAAAUACCAUUAAAAAGCCAAAAAGAGAACAAAUGGAAUCUGUCUUUCCACCCGUGCUGUCCGCAAUGACCAACAAGAGCGAAAAUUCUAAAUCUGUAGAAAAAAACUAUAAUUUAUCUGUUAAUCCAAAUUCAAAUAUAGCUGUUGACCCUAAUUAUAUAAUGAAUUUAUUAGCCACUGCCAAAGGAACAGGACAGUUCAUUGACACGAGUAAACAUUCCAAUAAUUCGGUAAGAUAUACUAUACAGUGAAACCUGUUUAAAAUGGAACUUUUAGCGAUUGAAGUAAAUGUCCAUGUAUCACAGAGUUUGGACAGAUUUUACUUUAAUGUGCAUAUUUUUUUUUUUUUUUAAUUGAAUUUCAGUUUGUAAGUGUAUGUGAAAAUUCUAAAAACAACGACUUAAUAAAUUCUGUUAUAACUGAAACUGUUAACAUGGUGGUGUCCAGACCUAUUAAACAAGUUAAAAGUAUGGUUGAAGGAAUUCCGCAUCUGAAUAACUUUAAGAAAUUCAGGAGGGUAAGAGUAUAAAUUGUUUUAAUAUGAGAGGAUUUUUUCUUAGAUUUAUGAAUGUAUAAAACAGCUGAUACAGAGGAUGGGUGUGCCACUGUUACCUUAGGUCAAAGUUGGGUAGGUUGAUAAACAAAGUUCUCUUAAAAAUAUGAUAAACCAUGGCUAACAAAAAAACAUGAAACCAUAAGCUCUGCUUUACUUAAAAUCUAAAACGAUUAGAUGACUGUAAACUUUUGUUUUUUGAGCAAUAAAUAUAACUAAUUAACCUCCUAAUAAAUUUUCGAACAUUUUUGUUUUGGUAAACUAUGUCAUGAAUGUCUAAUAUAUAAAAAAAACUUUAAAAAAUUGUAAAACGUCAAACUUAUUAUUAGUAGCUCAACAGUUGUUGGAUCGUUUUGAAAACAUCUAGAAUAUAAGUAUGUAUUCUGUGAAAAUUGCAUGGUUACUAUUAUUAUGAACAGAAUUGCAACAAAAAAACAAAAUUGAAAAUAAUAGAACCAAUAUAUCUGUAAAUUUGGUCAUGCUUUUUGCAUUAUUUCCCUAUUUCGCCCAAUUUUUAAGAAAACUAUAUGAAAAGUCAAAACGUGACUUUUUACGCACCUACUAGAUCUAAGAUGCUACAAAAUGGCCUGUUGUUUUUUGAUUGAAUCAAGAUUUCUGGUUUUAAAUUAAAAUAAUCGUCUAUUUUUCUUUAAGACCUUUUAGUUUUUUCCCAAUUAUUAUGAAAAAGACUGAAAAUCAAAAAAUAGCAUUUCCAAUGCACAAACGAUCCAAAAUUUAACGAAAAAUGUUUUUUUUUUUUAUUGAAGAAAGAUUUCUGGCAAAAAUAAAGAGCGCAUAUCAUAGUUCAACUAAUGGUUAAUAAAUUCCAAGUUUUAUAAAAUAAAGACGUAUUAGACAUUCUUUAUCAUGGAAAAUAUUAAUUUUUUUCGAUAUUUGUAUAUUUAGAAAACUUAAGAAACAAACUGUUUUAAAAUGUUAUAUUCCCGAUACUAUUUUUCAUCCUUAUUUUUGUAUUGAAAUCACCAUUAGAACUCAUAGAAAUUUUUUUGUGGGGGGUAAGGGAGACAAGAUGAAAUAUUUUAAAUCACAUGCAAUUAAAACACAUAAAAAUUAUUCAAUUAUGACAAAUUUAUUGGCACAUUAAAAACUAGGGGGUGCCUUUGGAAACCACUAUGAACUUUUGAUUGAAAAUAACAACUUAUAUUAAAAAUUCCAUUAUCAGAUAAAGUAUUAGUUUGAAUAUAGUUACUAUUUUUAGUUCCUAAUAAAUCCACUUGCAAGGUAUUUUAUAUUUUACGUUUGGGUAGAAGGAGAAUGUGUGUUUGAAUAAUACUUAAAUUUCAUUUUAUGGACAUAACUUUAUUUUUAAUUUUAUAUUUUGGUUGUCAUUCAAUUAAAAUAAUUGUAUUAACCUGAAAUUUGCAAAAAAUACUAAUAUUGUACUUUAUUAAAUGUAGUCAAACAUUCAACAUAUUUUGUUGAUUUUUGAGCUAUUUGAUAGGCCGUUAAAUGUUAUGUUAAUACGGCUAACUAGGUAUACUUAGUGGUGCGACCUAUGUUGGCUGAAACUGUGGGAAAAUGGACCGACAUGCACGGGUUUCAACCGGUUUUUGUCUGUCGUACGGUGGGUUCUCUUUUGAAAAAUAGUAUAAAGGUUCAUAGUAAGUUGAAAUUUUUAAAUCAUUUUUAACAGAAAUUCACUCAGAAUUAUAUUUUGUCAACAAUGAUUUAUCAUAAUGUACAGAAAUAAAGAACUUUUUAUAUCCUUCCUUCCUAACUUUUUACUUACAACAGAAACACACCUGUCAACAGUGUAAACUGCUUUUAUUUACAUUUAUUUUUAUAUACAUAUAUUUGAUAAUUAUUUAGUAUUAGUCUACAAUUCUAAUUUUUUUUUUCUAUAUGUACAUUAUGUUUUAGAAAGGACCAAUCAUACGAAUUCCUAAUAUCAUUCCCUUGGAACUCAGCCAAGACUAAUUAUAUUGCUGUUGUAAAUCAAUAUUUUUUUUUGUUAAAACGUAUUUUAGUAAUAGUUUAAAAAUCUUUUUAAUCUAAAAAUAAGUUGAAAAACUUUAUAUUUUGUACUAUUUAAAUUUUAAAUUGUAUUAAUUUUUUUCAAGUAAACAUGUUUUUUUUUAAUUUUCCGAUUACACACAAAUCUUUGUUUGAUCAUUUUUUAUUCUAAUCAAAUUGUGUAUAAUUUCUAUCAACACUGUACUGGACUUCACAACUUCGUGUAAGCCAUUGUUAUCAUAAAUGACAGAUUCCAUUUCUACUCCAGGAGCACCUGUAUAAAGUAUACACAUAAUAGUGUCAAUAUUUGAGAUUGAGAUUAACAUUCAAUAUAUUCAAAUGUAGUGAAAAUUGGUUAUAACAAAAAAUAAAGAGAAAUUUAAUUUAUUAAUUUGCUUUGAUCAAAUUAUUUUAAUGUAGCCGCGUCAACAAGAGCCAUCAAUUCAUAUUUUUGUACUUCAUACAAUAAUAUCACUUACCACGCUUACCUACUGACUCUUUAAUUUUUUCUUAUGUACUUCUUUAAUCUUUGGAAAAUGAAUAUAAUUAAUAUCAUCAAGUAUAGAUAAUAUCUAUAUUUUAUUAUUUAUAUUCAACAAAGUAUAAUAAUAGUUUUAAAUUUAUUAUAACACAUAUUGACAUAGUAAAAAUAUUUUUGAUUUAUUUGCAAAAACAUUAAAUUGUAUUUAUGUAUAUUCCUCUAAUUUAUGUAAAAUAUUUCCUGGUUAGUUUAAUUUGUAAUUGUAUUUUCAUUAUUUUUGUACCUAUUGUUAUUAAUUUCUGUCAUACUACUACACUUAAGUCCAUACCGUUACAAAUAAUAAAUAAAUAUAAUAUUAUUAUAAAUUAUAAUAAACCUGGUUUUCAAAUUACCAUAAUUUUGCAAGCAAUCCCAUUUUUCCAAUGCUAUAACCAUUGGUUUGAUUUGUGUAUUUUGAUUUUGCUCAACUAGAAAUUUGAG